AUGUUCUCCGCGACAAUGUCAGGAUCCGAAAUGACUCUCGGCGAAAAGCAAUUCUUCGUGAAUGAUGGCAUUCUCCCGGCCGAAUCAAUCGGCAUCCUCAGCCCAACAGCCCUCAACACCCCUCUCGCAGAAAUGCAGCGCCGCUACAAGGAAGACGGCUAUCUUCUCGUCAAAAAUGUCCUCCCGCGCGAAGACGUUCUCCAGGUCCGCCAGAGUCACUUCGAAAAGCUCGCACCCACAGGCUGCCUUGCACCCAAUACGAACCCAGUCGAGGGAAUCUUCGACAUGACCCAGAACCGCCUCAACUUCCCCGGCGUAGGCGCUGGCCCACCCGAUAUGACAGGUUCAGACCCCGAAGUCGCAAAGCAGUUCAAUGAUCUCGUGCUAGAGGCGCAUCAUGAAGAUUGGUAUAAGGAGGGUCUAUGCCAUCACCCGGCUAUUCAGGAGUUUGUUGCCAAGUUAACGGGGUGGGGAGAGAAUACUUUGAGUAUUCGUCGCACGUUGCUGAGGAAUAAUAUGCCGCAGAAUACGGCGAUUGGGGUACACUAUGAUCAGAUCUUUCUGAGGCAUGGCGAAGAUACAUUUAUCACUGCUUGGGUUCCAAUUGGCGAUAUCAGCAUUGACGGGGGUGGUUUGAUUUAUCUGGAAAAGGGGCAUGAUAUUGGUAAGCAGACGGAGACGGAGUUCAUGGAGUGUGCGAAUGCUGCGGGGAUGACGGACCAAGAGAUGAAGGAUGCGUAUAAUGCGAAUAUGAUGUCAGGUGGGUUGCUGGAUGUUGGACCGCUCCGUUAUGCGAAGAAGCAUGGGAGGAGGUGGCUUCUGACGCCGUAUGAGGCCGGGGACGUGGUAUUUCAUAAUCCUUAUGCGAUUCAUGCUUCAUGUAUCAAUCAUGACCCGGAGAAUGUUAUCCGCCUAGGAACGGAUCUGCGUUAUGUCGACUCCAGCCGGCCUUGGGAUACUCGAUGGUCAAAUAUUCUCAAGCCUGGGGAUGGACUUUGA